UACGGAAGUUCGUCCCUUAAAGCGGAAGUGAAGGCCAAAGCCCGUCGACAGGAGACGCUUGAGGCGGCUGGAGGGGAAUUUUCUCUCAGUCUGACAGCCAGGGAUUUGACAGAAAGAGAAAAGCGCCGCACUCGUAUCUCAAGGUUUAUUCAUCCAAUUGGAGCCAUCUCUCCAUCUUUAUCUCACUUUCUUUCCCGAUUUUUUCUCUCUCUCUCUCUCUCUCUCUCGACCCUGUCCUCCCCGGAGCUCCAUUGAUCCUGCUUUAGGACCCCUGUCAUAUCCAGUGAGGACCCCUCUUAGAUCCAGUCAGCCCUCUCCUCUCCUGUUGUCCGGCCUGUUGGCAUGGCGGGGCGAGGUGGACCAGCGCGGACCAACGGUGCCGCCCCCGUCGGGAACAAAAUCUGCCAGUUUAAACUGGUCUUGCUGGGAGAGUCUGCCGUGGGCAAGUCCAGCCUGGUGCUCCGUUUCGUCAAAGGCCAGUUCCACGAGUACCAGGAGAGCACUAUUGGAGCUGCUUUCCUUACACAGACAGUCUGCCUGGAUGAUACAACAGUAAAGUUUGAGAUUUGGGACACGGCCGGACAGGAGCGAUAUCACAGCCUGGCCCCUAUGUAUUACAGAGGAGCCCAGGCGGCCAUCGUCGUCUACGAUAUUACUAACACAGACACAUUCACUAGAGCAAAGAACUGGGUAAAGGAGUUGCAGCGUCAGGCAAGUCCAAAUAUCGUCAUUGCUCUGGCUGGCAACAAGGCAGACCUGGCCAACAAGAGAGCCGUUGACUUUCAGGAGGCGCAGGCGUACGCAGACGACAACAGCCUACUCUUCAUGGAAACGUCAGCGAAGACUGCUAUGAACGUGAACGAGAUCUUCAUGGCUAUUGCCAAGAAGCUUCCGAAGAACGAACCGCAGGGUGGGGCGGGCAGUGGCGGACGGGCCAGAGGAGGUGUCGACUUGCAGGAGACAGCACCUCAGGGCAGAAGCGGCCAGUGCUGUGGAGGCGGCAACUAACCAUUGGACCAAUCACCUGGCAGAUGCACACAAGGACUGAUACAGACACACAACACAGUAUAAAUCUAUAGUGUGAGAUCCAUUCACUUAUGACCCAGCUCUAAACUAUGGCCAGUUAGAGCUUCAGAACUGGAAACAGGCCAUUGAUACCCUUGUAAAUCAACACAUUAAUGUUUCGACCAUUUAUCCCUCCUAAGAACACGACAUGCAAACAUUCAGACACACACACAGAAGCUAUGACAUGUCUCUGCCACCUAUGAGUUAUUUGAUUUGUCUUAUAUAGUUUUGACAAAACAAAAAAGAGACACACGUGAUCCGAUCUAACCAAUCGCACUUAAAACAAAAGAAAUUCCAGACUGCUGCUGGUGGGAAAACAAGUUGUCUCUCGCUUGUAUUUCCUUAUGCUCUCAUUUGCUCAUUUGUAUGAAAAAUCUAGUGGUGACGUCACUAUUUAAUUGCGCUCUCCCUUUUGGUGGAUGCAUACUGCCAGUAUUGAGUUACAUCUCAUCUUUCUCCUGCUCUCCUUGAUCACAUCCCUUCUUUGUCGGAGAGAGGACAAAUUGGAGAAUGAGAAAAGAGGCUAUUUUCCAUCUAUGUCUGGCUGUUCUGUAGAUCCUCUAUUAUUUCUUUUGUAUUAGUCUCUCAGGCGUCCACUACUCCAGCACAAAUGAAACCAGUAUAUGAUUUGAUAGGCUAGACUUUUUUUCUAAUCAUUUACAUAUAUCUACUUGUAUCUAAAUGCAUUAACAGGUGGUAUAACUCCAAUGUGUUUUUCUUUUUUUUCUUUCUUUGCAUUAAUGAAAUGUUUUUGAAAUCAUUCAGACAAAUGAGAAAAUACAUAUGAAUUACACAAGGCAAAAUCAGCCUCCUCUGACCAAAAUCCCAAAUAUUUACGAUGGGGGG